CUGAUCCUUGACGCCCUUGUCAGCUUAUCAUUAUCUGAUUUGACUGGUGCCUAUCACCCCGACAAAUUACAGACUAUCACUUAAAAAUUGUGGUCUUCUUCAACAAAAUACUCGACCCAUACAUACUUCAUACUACUUAAGCCUUUGAAUUCAUACAUGUACAUGGGAAGUCAUUUUCCAACACAUUAAAAUCAAACUGUUUUUAGUCUGAUUCUAAUACUGUCAAAUUCAGCAUUGAAAUAAAUGUCUUUCUUUUAAGUUUUAACCCUGCAUGAUAUUGAUUUUGUUAGUGGAAGUUUUUCUGUAGUAAAAUGGCCAAUAACUUUUUUUCUAGUCAUUUCUCAAGAUUUUUUUGCUUAAAGACCAAAAGAAAGAGUGUUCAUCAGAAAAAAGAAUCUGGAAAUAAUGAUAAUAGCAAGGGGAUUGUUGAAGGAUUGAUAAUCUUAAAGAUGAAGAAGAAGAGUAUAAUUGAUCGUUUAAAAUCUUCGAUUUUUCGAAGAAAGAUUUCCAUUCAGCUUGUUAGUGCUGUUCAUAGUGAUCCUGCCAAUGACUUGAAAGGGAAACUUGGAAAAGUGUCAUAUUUGGAAGAAGGGAUCACUGAACCCACUGAUUUGGCUGAUGGUGAGUCUGCAUUCAAAGUGAGAUUUGAUUGGAACGACGAACUUGCACUUCCUGGAGCAUUAAUAGUAAGAAAUGAGCAUCAUAAUGAAUUCUAUCUAAGAACUGUUACCUUGAAAGAUGUCCCAGGCCAUGGAAAUAUCCACUUUCUUUGCAAUUCCUGGGUUUAUCCUGCUGAUGUUUAUCAGAAAGAUCGCAUAUUCUUCACCAAUAAGACGUAUCUCCCUCAUCAAACACCUGCACCAUUAAGCAAGUACCGAGAAGAAGAGCUAGAGAUCUUGAGAGGAAACGGAAAAGAAAACAAAAUGCUAGAGGAAUGGGAUCGCGUUUAUGAUUAUGCUUACUACAAUGAUCUAGGAGAACCAGAUAAAGGUCCUGAAUAUGUUCGUCCAAUCUUUGGAGGGUCUGCUGAAUAUCCUUAUCCACGUAGAGUUCGAACAAGCCGCCCACCAACAAAGAAAGAUCCUAACACUGAGAGUAGGUUGCCACUAGUUAAGGGCAAAGACCUCUAUAUUCCAAGAGAUGAAAAGUUUCAGCACAUCAAGUUGUCUGAUUUCUUAGGUGAUACAAUCAAAUCUAUAUCUCAAGGUGUUGUUGGUUACUUGGACGCAUUAUUUGACAAAACUCCCAAUGAGUUUGACACUUUUCAAGACGUGCUGGACAUGUUUGAAGGAGGAAUCAAGCUACCAAAUACUCCAUUACUUGCAAAACUUAGGGAAAAUAUCCCUACUGAAUUCCUAAAAUCGCUUCUUCGUAGUGAUGGUGCAGCAAUAUUAAAAUACCCCAUGCCUGACAUAAUCAAAGUGGAUAAGUCAGCUUGGAAGACUGAUGAAGAAUUUGUGAGGCAGAUGUUAGCUGGUAUAAAUCCUCUUGUCAUUCGUCGGUUAGAGGAGUUCCCUCCACUGAGUAAGCUCGAUCCCAGAGCAUAUGGAAACCAGAACAGUUCAAUUACAAAAGAGUUCAUUGAAGAAUACUUAGAUGGAUUAACGGUGCUCGAGGCAAUCCAGAGUAAUAGGAUGUUCAUAUUGGAUCACCAUGACACAAUAAUGCCGUACUUGAGGGAAAUUAACACAGAUACUUCUUCAAAAGUUUAUGCCACUAGGACACUCCUCCUCUUGAAAGAUGAUGGAACUUUGAAGCCAUUGGUAAUCGAAUUAAGCAAACCACACCCAGAAGGGGAUCAAUUUGGUGCUAUUAGUGAGUUAUAUAAGCCAGCAAAUGAUGGAGUCGAAGCUUCCCUUUGGCUGUUGGCCAAGACCUAUGUAGUUGUUAGUGACUCGGCUUACCAUCAACUUAUCAGCCACUGGUUACACACUCAUGCAGUAAUAGAACCAUUUAUAAUUGCAACGAACAGACAGUUGAGUGCGCUUCACCCAGUUUACAAACUUCUGCAUCCUCACUUCCGUGAUACAAUGCCUGUUAAUACAAUAGCUCGUCAGAUUGCUCUUAAUGCUGAUGGAUUGUUUGAGGCAGCUGUAUUUCCGAGGAAGUACGUUGGACAAUGGACAUCCCAAAUGUAUAAGAACUGGGUAUUCACUGAGCAAGCUCUUCCUAGAGACCUUAUCAAGAGAGGAAUGGCAGUCAGUGACUCGAAAAGCCCUCACGGAUACAAGCUACUGAUAGAGGACUACCCAUAUGCUGUUGAUGGGCUAGAAAUAUGGUCUGCAAUCAGGACUUGGGUGAAAGAGUAUUGCUCAUUUUACUACAAGUCUGAUGACAUGAUUGGUGAUGACCCUGAACUACAAUCCUGGUGGAAAGAAAUACGCGAAGUAGGCCAUGGAGACAAGAAGGAUGAGAAGUGGUGGCCAGAAAUGAAGACAUUUGACGAGCUGACAGAAACUUGCACAACCAUUAUUUGGAUUGCUUCUGCUCUUCAUGCUGUAGUCAACUUCGGACAGUAUCCUUAUGGAGGAUACAUGCCUAACCGGCCUACUAUAACCCGACAGUUCAUGCCACAACCAAACACUCCUGAGUUUGAAGAGUUAAAGACAAAUCCGGAUGGCGUUUUCUUUAAGACAGUUAUAAGCCAAGUUCGAACAUUGGUGUCGAUUUCAGUCAUAGAGCUCAUUUCAAGGCAUUCAGCAGAUGAGGUUUAUCUUGGACAAAGAGAGUCUGGUUGGACUUCUGACACUCCACCGUUAGAAGCAUUUGAAGAAUUUAGUAAGAAGUUAAUGGAGAUUGAGAAGAAGAUCUUUGAAACAAAUAGUGAUCCAAAUUUGAAGAAUAGAGUUGGUCCAGCUAAACUACCAUUUACAUUAUUGUGCCCUUCAAGUGGCAUAGGAAUAACAGGCAGAGGAAUUCCUAAUAGUGUCUCUUUGUAAAGCUCUAUUUUGUGUAUGCUUUCUAGCAUUUUAUAGCAUAAAGAUUGAAGUUGUGAUUAAAUAUUAUUUGAUUAUUUGACAAUAACAUAUACUUAUAUAUUUGGUGUAA